UGUAGUAUGUUCCGCAAAUUCGGUUGUGGGGAUAAUCUUCUUUCCAGCUAAGCAGCCCAUCUGCACUGUCUGUGUCUGGUCGCCGCAAAUAAUGGCGGACACCGGCAAGUUGUCCACUAAAGUCGUCGCCGUCGCCGCCGGUGAAGCUCACACUCUCGCUCUCACGGGGGACGGGAGAAUAUAUUCAUGGGGAAGAGGGAUGUUUGGGAGACUUGGAACGGGCAAAGAAGCAGAUGAGCUUACACCUGUUGAGGUUAAGUUUGAGAAUUCAGAAGAAACAAGAAUCAAGUUUGUGGGGGUUGCUUCUGGUGCCUAUCACUCUCUUGCUGUUGCAGAUGAUGGAUCAGUUUGGUCAUGGGGCUACAACAUCUAUGGCCAACUUGGUUUUGAUGGAGAGAAUUCUGCGAAGCCCUGCUUGCUGGAGCAGUUUCUCAACACGAGUAAUCCUGAUUCUUCUACAGACGAUUCAGAAACAAAGAGUAAAACAGUGAAUAAGGUUUCUAAUAUCAAAGCUGGAGGAAUGACGUCUCUAGCAAUUGACAAUCUAGGAGCCCUCUGGAUAUGGGGCAAUUAUCUACAGCAAAACAGUAGCCCCGAAGGCGGUUUCUCUUUUGUAAGCAGUUUCACACCGACUCCUGUUCGAGAUUUCCUUGGCCACGCAGUUGUGAAGGUGGCAUGUGGAAAUGAACAUGUUGUGGCUCUAGUUAGUGCCGGAGAAGUGCAUAAAGGAGAAGUUAUUGUAUGUUACUCUUGGGGUACCAACAAACACGGCCAAUUAGGCCUCGGAGAUAGAGAGAGCAGGCAUCGCCCUGAAAUCGUCAAAACGUUUAACCAGGAUUCCCCUUGGGCAGCUUAUGAGGUAGCGUGUGGGGCUUUUCACACAGCUUUGCUUACGCACAAAAAGCGAGCGAAUGGCACACUAGAAAGCGCGUGUUGGACGUUUGGCCUUGGAGAAAACGGCCAGCUUGGACAUGGAACCACCCAAAGUACCGUUUCUCCUGAACACGUCAAAGAAUUGCCUGAUUCUGUGCAUCUGAUAUCCGUCGACUGUGGUUUGUUCCACACCAGUGUUGUUUCAUCUGCUGGUGAUGUGUGGUCAUGGGGAAUGGAGAGGGGUCUUGGCCUUUGCCCGGACGCUAGAGUAAGUGCAGUUUCUGGAGAUGCUACCUCUCCACUACUUAUUUCGUGCAGUGAAGAGAAUGCUAAAUUUCAAAAUCCGAUUCAAGUCACAUGCGGAGCUGCUCAUACUGUUCUAGUUGGAAAUGAUGGAUAUAAGCUGUGGGCUUGGGGCAGGGGAAGAAGUGGGGUUCUCGGAAAUGGCAUCACAACUGACUGUCUCACGCCCACAUCGGUGUCAUGGCCUGAACUAACAGAGGAUCCUAAGCAAGAGGAAACAAAGACUGUUGGUGAGGAAGACAAGGGUACCGAGGAGCAAAAAGAUUCUCAAGAAGUUGCUGAAGCAGAUGAAAAGUUGAAGGCUCUUCAGUUGAGACUUUCAACAAUGGAACAGUAUGUUAGCCUACUUCAUCACUCGAUUUUCGGGAAACCCUACGAAGAGAAAGAUAUCCCGACCUCAUUGCUGAAUUCAGGCACUUUUGACAUAGCAAAGGAAUGGGAAAAUAUGUUAGAAUCAGCGGAUCGUGCCAAGCUUAUGAGACUGGAAAUGUUCUAUCGGAACAUGCUUUCGGGUGUUAAAGAUCAGAUCAUGAAGAAAAGGGUCUUGGAGGCUUUAAAGGAAUGUCUCUCAAAGGGAAACUAAGGCAAAGCAGUAAAUUUUCAUUUUUUCCUCCAUGAAAUUGAUCAGUAGGCUUAUGUGUUGUACUCCAAAUCCAAAAGGAACUAAUAUCUUCAGCCUUGUUGAGUAUCUUUAA